AAAUUUACAAUAAACAUGGAGCUUUUCCCACGUUCACGUGGCCCGGGGGUCAGACUGCGGGUCUCACUGCAGCCGCGGCAACUCCAGAGCAGAGUAGGAACUGCAGCGGCCAGAGUCAUGGCAGGACAAGCGUUUAGGAAGUUUCUUCCCCUCUUUGACAGAGUUUUAGUUGAAAGGAGUGCAGCUGAAACUGUAACCAAAGGAGGCAUUAUGCUUCCAGAAAAAUCUCAAGGAAAAGUUUUGCAAGCAACAGUAGUAGCUGUUGGAUCAGGCUCUAAAGGAAAGGGUGGAGAUCAACCAGUCAGUGUGAAAGUUGGAGGUAAAGUUCUUCUCCCAGAAUACGGAGGCACCAAAGUAGUUCUAGAUGACAAGGAUUAUUUCUUAUUUAGAGAUGGUGACAUUCUUGGAAGGUAUGUAGACUGAAAUAAAUCAUUACUGAAAUGGCAUGAAGUGAAGCUGCCCAUUCCAGUGAAGUUGUGAAAUCUUUCAUCAUGUAAAUAAUUCUCAUGUCUCUCUUUUAUAAUAAACUAAUAGUAUCCCCCAAAA